AUAUGACAGGUUUUGUAAAGUUUUUCUCCUGCAUCUUUAUGGUGAACUUUGCAACAAGUUCACCAUUUGGUGAGUUUAGUCUAAAGAAGAAUUACAAUUUUGAGUUCAAACCUCUUCCAUUUAAGCCGAUUCACUUUAUUAAGGAAAAAUGGUCACCAUUCGGCAUAUUUGGCGUGAAACAUGGAAUACAGAAGAGAGAUUUGGACAAGAUUGUUUCAGCCGAAGAAAAAGGAAUGUUAGAACAUAGGUUACCAAUAGAAAUUCAUGAAGAAGAACAAUUGGGGCCCGCUACGUUCCCAAGGCAUGAAUUAGGAAGAGUUCCAAUUACGAAGUCCCCUAUUGGGCCUAACUAUUUAAGUCGGCUUGAGCAUGUUGAAAUUGAACCGGUUCCGGCGCCUCCCCCAAUUGAAGUGGUAAUUACCCCUCCUCCACCAAAGGUAGAACCUAUUCCAGGUCUUCACACAAAUAUUGUUCGUGAUCAAUUCAUAGAAAGUUAUCUGAAGGAAAUUGGACCUGAAGUUCAUGAAGAACCGUUACAUCACGAAGAAUUCAAUAGCGUAGAGAGGACGCCAGUCCCUAAAAUGGAAGAACCUGGUCAGAACGAAGCUAGUCCUUUUGUGAGAGGAACAAAAUUAGUGCUUUACUUUGGUAAUCUGCUUCUAGAUAUAAUGGCACGAUUCUUAGGUAGACCAGUCGCCCCAGCAAAGGAGUGACAUUUAAAGCAGUCAAAUAUAACGUCGUGAAUGACGAUUUAAUAGCUUUGAUUCGGUGACAACCUAGGCUCAUAACUAGACUCUGAACGUAGUUAGUAAUAAUAAAUUAUAAGUGUACAAAAUUUAUGCUCAAAAGUACGAAUGAGAUCCGAAAAUAGUAGAUAUUAAAAAUAACUUAUUUAUUUCAAAAGAGGAUUAAUUAGUCUUUAAUUACACUAGAGCCUUUAAUUAGGUGUUAUCGUCCAUAUUCACCAUGUGUACCUCCUCCGAACCCACCCUGAACAGGGCCAAAUUCUUCGUGUGGUCUAAAAGCACCAUGCGGACCAAAACCUCUUUGCGGCCCAAAACCUCCGUAAGGUGCAAAACCUCCGUGUGGUCCAAAUCCUCCUGGAGGCCUAAAGCCAGGUCGUCCAAAUCCACUUGGACCAAAACCUUGAUAGCCUGGCGCAUAAAUUGGUCCAUGAUGACCGAACCCACCUCCACCAUACUGUGCUAUUGUUAUUGACAGAAUCGCAGCUGCAAUGGUUCCAAAAAGUAUCAUCUGGAAAUAACAAUUUUAUAAAACAUUUCACCGGAUUUGUCUCUUUAGAUGAUUUAUAAUUAAUUAGAUAUAAUAAUAUUGUUGGAUAAGUAAUUGACGGGAUUUUGCAUUCACUGUGUUAUUUUAUAUUUUUACACGGAAUUCUUCUCGUGAAGUUUAUUUUCCACAAAAAUAAAAGCUUACA